ACCCCUUCCACCGCUCAGGCAAAGAAUGGACAUAAUCUGUGAUGUAUAGAUGGGGACUUUAGACUGAGUGCAGGACUGGGAGUGACUGGGCAAGCCAACUGAUGAGAUCCAUUUGUGGAAAGGCUUUCUAAAAAAAUAAAACUGUUUGUCGCAGAGACUCAAUCUCUGCCAAAAGUAAUUUGUCACAACAUCAGCAGAUGUUCGCAAAGCAAAUGAGCUGUAUUCACAAGGUUGUGAAGGCACUUCUGUUGAUUGCAACAUUUUACUGACUUCAUCUAAAAAGCACAAAGGAAUCACUUAUUAAGUUCCUAGCAGGAAUGUCAUUCUUUUGAGAGCUUCUAUAGUCACUUCCUGAAAUAUCUGUGUCAGUUUGUAUCCACAUUACUCUCUUUGAUAAUGUGGAUGUUAUUCAUUUUUAUUGGUCACUUUUUUUGUAUCCCCUGAAUAACCGAGGUGUGACCUGUGCAAGCAAACAGAUUUUUUUUUCAAAUUUUCUUCCUGUUUCAUGCAAUGUCCACCAUAUCAUUUGCCUCAGACAGCCGUUUUCAUUUAUCAGAAAAUAAAGAUAAAGGAAACAAGUGGAUUAUGUAACAUGCCAGGACAAAGUGUAUCAGUUUUAACCAUGUAACUUUGCAGGAAAGAUUGUAAUAGCUUAUUAAAUUAAUUGAGUUAUAAAUGAAUUUUUGUGUUCAUAUGAUAUGCUGUGUUUUGGUUGUUUUGAAAUUUAGUUGAACUUAGUGGCCUUGAAUUGGUUUAGUUUCUCGUAAUGUAAUUUAACCAUGGCCGUUUCAUCCUGUGAUAACAUAGCAAACCAUUUCCUUAGGCUGUUUAUCUACUGUUGUCUGCAGAGUAGUCCCAAAAGGAAAUGGCGUCUGCUAUGUAAAGCCUGCUCAAUCAAGACCUUGUAACUGCAAAAGUGGAACAAUGGACAACAGGACAAAUUGCAAAAAUGAGUUAAGUAACACUGGACUGCCAAAAAUACUCUACAGGACUACAACAAAACUAGCUGUGGUUAGCACAGAAUGAUAUUUCCGUCUGUAUGACUCCCAAACCUAAUUUGAAAUCCUUCAAAGUGUGUUCUUAUGACCUUUUACUUUGAUGCAUAAACAACCUCUUAUAUUCAGAAUGACUUUAAUAUUAUUUCCAUCAAGCCGUUCCAUUCUCCAUUUUAAGCAUGUUCUGUAUAUAAACCAGAUCAACACCCCCAGAAGAGAGUGUGGAUAGAUGCCAAGCAAUGCAGCCACACCUUUGGGAAUCAGAUAAGGGAAAUUAAUGCUGUUAUCAUUUGUUGUUUUAGUGCAUUGGUGCUUGAUGAAGUGAUCUUUGAGCUAAAAGAAUGAUAAGUUGAGAAAACACAGUUGUUUUCGUCACGUGCCAAAAUUCAUGUUAGGCAAGUAAUGAUGUAAUCCUAUACCAACUCAUUCCCAUUGUACCAGGGAGAGCAAAUCCGCCUCUUUGAGAUUGUGUCGCAAUAAAUGUUGUCCCGCUUCACAAAUGAAAACCAAAUAAAUAUUGGACAAAAGUGAACGGAUCCUGCAGAUGAAAGUGAAUUCAACUGUGAAGAAAGUUGUAUUGUAUGUAUACCAUGUUUAACUGUGGUAGGGUUAAAAGGACUCUUUUAUCGCAUUAUAUGUAAGUGAUGAUAUGCAUACAGAUCCUUUAGUGGAUCUGUAUGAAUUGAACAAUGUGUACUCAAGCGCUUGUGUACACAGGUGAAUAAUACAAGGCAAGGUGAGCUCAACCCUGUGGGCGGAUAUAACAUAACAUUUAUGUAAAAAAAACUCAACUUCAUAGAAACGAGACCUCGCAGAACUUUCGUUAAAUAUGAACAAAUGGCUUUGUAUUGAUGGGUAAUUUAUCCCGCUUGUCAAGACAUUAUAUUUAUGUUUUCAAAACAAGCAUUUAAAAAAAGUAGAGCGGUCUCAAUUUUAUACAGUUUUAAAAAGUAAAACUAAGCCAUUUUAUUUGACUCUUGCAUAUAAUUAUUACAUCAAAAUAUUAUAAAGGUUUUUUAUAGAAUGGCGUAAUAAAUCUUUUAGAGCUGGGUUUAGUUGUUUCGCACGAGCAACUGUGUGACGCGCAUGUACUGCACGCUAUGAGCGGCGCUUUAAUGGUUUAUUUCCGACAGUCGUCUCUGUGUUGUGCUGAAGACUACUAGCAGCGGUGUCUCCUUUCAGUGUUACCUCCUGACGAGUGAACGCAAAUCUCAGACCCCAACAUGGGAAGGGUGUCAGUCGUUUUCACGGACUUUUAUGAGUUUAGAUUAUGUUGAUUUGUUCUGUUUCUUACGUUCUUUUUCAGUAACACCAACUAUUAAAACAUCAGAGAGGAGACAGCAUCGCACUAUCAUUGUAUGAAGGUAAAUGGACCGUUGACGGCGAUGAUGGGACCGUUGUGCUGGAUGUAUGGUCAAUGACAGGAUGGAUAUCAGUGGGAUCUUCUCUUUUGCUACUACCUUUUAUUUCUCAGUCUGUGUCUAUGGCGAGGCAGGACCAAACGUUGCCUACCUGAAUACACUGCUGCAGAGCUCAGGUCCUCUUUCCUGCUCUGAGGGCUUCACUGAGUCGGGUUAUUACAACGGAUCGGUGUCCCAGACUGAUUCUGGCGCUCCUUGUCUUAAGUGGACCGAGUUUCCAGAUUACAUACAGCAGUACCCUAACCGGGGACUGGGAGACCACAGCUACUGUAGAAACCCUGAUCGUGAAUCCAACCCCUGGUGCUUUUACAGGCAGAGGUCAGGAGCCAUCGGGUGGGCAUACUGCAACUGCCAUCAGGGUGCAGCACGGUUGGUGGGAGGUUCGUCCAAUAAGAGUGGCCGUCUCGAGGUGUACCUGAAUGGCCAUUGGGGAGGAGUGUGUGACACCUACCUGACUGACCGAGAUGCCAGUGUCAUCUGUAGACAGCUGAGACUCGGUGAAAUUGGCACUGCGCUGCGGCACUCGUACUUUGGGCCUGGUUCUGGUCUUUUCCACUUUGAACGUCUUGGCUGCCAUGGCAAUGAAAAUUCUCUGCUGGAGUGCCGAAGUAGGAAAUAUGUCUCUGGUGAUUGUAACCAUGGCAAUGAGGCCGGGGUGGUGUGUGCUGUACCUGAGGGCAAUGGUGCCCCCCUGAGGCUCGUGGGAGGGCUUGAGGAUUUCGAGGGGCGCGUGGAGGUGUACCAUAACGGGAGAUGGGGCACUAUCUGUGAUGAUGAAUGGGAUGAUAUUGAUGCUGAAGUGGUCUGCAGGCAGCUUGGAAUGGGUGGCGUGCCAAAGGCGUGGACAUGGGCGCACUUUGGACAGGGCACUGGGCCGAUCUUGCUGGAUGGGGUGCACUGCACAGGAAAUGAGCUGUCUCUUGAGGAAUGUCCUCAUGCACCCUGGGGCCAACACAACUGUGACCAUAUGGAGGAUUCUGGGGUGUCUUGCAACCCAUAUACAGAUGGAGUUUUGCGCUUAGUGGGAGCUGAUGGCCCAUGGGAAGGACGCCUUGAGGUGUAUCAUGCUGGAGAAUGGGGCACAGUGUGUGACGACAACUGGACGCCACGUCACGCACAGGUGGUGUGUCGACAGCUCGGUUACAGAGGGCGUUCUGAGUUGGCUCCAGAUUGGAUGUAUGGAGAGGGUACAGGAGUGAUCCUGCUGGAUGAGGUGAAUUGCGAAGGGGGAGAAAGUAACCUGCUGGAUUGUAGUCAUGGUGAGUGGGGGCAACAUGACUGCUCUCAUAGUGAGGAUGUGGGAAUACGCUGUGAAAGAGAAGGACAUAACAAUGAACUUCCUGAACCGGCUCCUGCAACAGGUCCCCUGGUGAGGCUGGUGGAUGGUGAGAGCCGUAAGGAGGGCCGUGUGGAGGUGUUUAUUAACGGCCAGUGGGGUAGUGUGUGUGAUGAUGGUUGGAAUGACAUCAACGCAGGAGUAGUCUGCAGACAACUGGGAUUCGUUGGUGUCUCCAAGGCCCGUUCCAUGGCUUAUUUCGGCGAGGGCCAGGGACCAAUUCAUCUGGACAAUGUGAAGUGUGUCGGGACAGAGGCUUCAUUAGGGGAGUGUUCAGCUGUUGGAUCAGACGCCAAUGACUGCAGGCACAGUGAGGAUGCAGGGGUGAUCUGUGACUAUAUCACUGAGCCUGUGAUGGACAGUGGUAUGGCAAAGCAAGAGUGUGGUCUGAGACCCAACACACAGAGGCGCAGGAGGAGGAUUGUAGGAGGAGACAAAUCUCUACGGGGGGAUUGGCCGUGGCAAGUAUCUCUGUGGCUGAGGUCUCAAUCAAAAGGCACCCAUCCGCUUUGUGGAGCAACUCUCAUCAAUUCCUGUUGGGUUAUCACAGCCGCUCAUUGUUUCAAGAGGUUUGGUUCAGAACCAUCCCGGUAUGUGUUAAGACUUGGUGACUACCACACAGAGGAGAGGGACGAUUUCGAGCGCACUCUCUCUCCCGAGCGCAUCGUCAUCCACAGGAAGUACAACAGCCAGGGCUGGGAGUAUGAUAUUGCCUUACUGAAGUUAAAGGGUACAGAUGAGAGUUGUGUAGCGUUUAACCCACACACUAAUGCAGUUUGCCUUCCGGCUCAAAGCAACAAGAGGGGCAAGAGGCCCAUUGCCUGCAUUAUCACUGGCUGGGGAAUUACAGAUUCAGAGUAUUCCCGAACACUGCUGCAGGCCUGGGUUCCCUUACUGCCCUCCUGGAAGUGUAAAAUGCGCUAUGGAAGUCGCUUCACCAGCCGAAUGUUGUGCGCCGGCAGCUUGUCCAACCAUCGGCGUGUAGACAGUUGUCAGGGUGACAGCGGGGGACCGCUGGUGUGUCAGAGUGAGGGUGGCCACUGGAUGCUCACAGGAAUCAUCUCCUGGGGUCACGGUUGUGGUGACCCCACCUAUCCUGGUGUAUAUACACGAGUCAGCAGGUUUCUGAAGUGGAUUGAGAAAGUCACCCACAGCCCUGUCGAAGUGUGAUGUGCAUAUGUUAUACAAAAGGUUCAUCAGCUGACCAUUGGCUGGUUUGGAUGUUGCACAUUUACUACUUGCACCACGUCAAUUCCAUUUAUUACACUUGAAAAGAGACAUUCAUAAAAAUGCACAGGAAUGUGAAGCAACAUACCUCACAAGUAGGUGAUAUGUGUGAAUAAGUAUUCUUCUGGAUUGGAAGAUUUUGCUUUUGUGUAUACAUCAUUUUGCACUAGUUUGCAUGCCAUAUAUGUGGAACAUUUGUGGGAGUUCUGCGACCCACCUGUUCCGGAUCAGGUUCUUAAAUUAAAUAACAUAUUGCACUUACACACUUGUUACUCGCUGGACUUAAUUAUUUGUUGUACUGGAAGUUCGUAAAGGUAAGGAACAGCAUGGGGGUAAAAAGUAAGGAUUCAUAAACAUUCCGCAGGUGUUUUAAGUAUUAUUCAGCUUACAGCUAAAUGUCCUCUGUUAUGCAUAGUUGGGGGGGAAUGCAGUUCUGGAAAUUUUUUUAAUUUGUGUAGCGUAUGACAAGGCAUAUGACAAGACUUUUCUGAAGUAUCUACUCAAGAGAUGAUAAUCUCAGUAAUGGAGUAAUUAUCAACUGGAUGAGGUGGUGCAUAACAAGGUAAAAUUGCAGUCCCAGCAGAUAAACAUCCUGGGAACAAAACUUGCAUUUUAAUCAUGACUAGUUUAAAACUACACUCAGUGGUGCCAGAGAAAUAAAUGUAAUGCGGGAAGGAAUUAUAAGAUAUGGGUAAAAUCUGCUGAUUAACAGAUGUGAUCUGUUACCAUCUGACAGUCACUCGAUUACAACUUUAUGGCCCGGUUUCACAGACAAGGCAUAGCUUAAACCGGGACUAUGCCUUUGUUAAAUUAGGAUAUUUAUGUUGCUUUAUUUAUUAAAAUGCCUUAGAUAAAAACAUUACUGGUGUGCAUCUUGAGACAAAACAAUGGCAAUUACAUAUUAAGUUAUGUCAGCGCAAUUUAUUUUCAGUUAAAAGAGCUCAAACUUUCAUUUUAGUUUGGGCCUAGUUUUAAGCCUUGUCUUUGAAACCGGGCAUAAAAUGCUUGAGUAAUGUAUGCUGCAUUGGUGUUUCCUCCCUCUCAAAAUGUUUUAAAAAAUUCAAAAACUAUUUCUGUAACCAGGUGUCAUUCAGGUUUAUUAUUGUGGUAUUUAUUUACAUAAGUUAUAGGCUUACCACAGUUUGACAAAUGAAAUGAGGUACAACAGCAGUUUAGUCUACUGUUUUAUAUCAGUUUUCUGUCACACUCAGUCAAUUAAAUUGUUUACUUAAAUGCUUUUGUUAAGGCUACACUUUUGUUAUUUAUUAGCCUAAUCCCAAAUUAAAACAUUAAUGUAUUUAUGUAAAGAUGUGAAGCAGUCAGGCAAGUUUAGUAUGGCAGUAUAAACAUGUAUAGCAAAUCAUGCUGUGAGUUGGCAUAAAUGUUUAGACCAAGUUAUCCAAAUAUUAUGUACACGGAUUAACUGAAUGGCUGUCUUUGUAUACUGUUAUUUUUAUGUACUGAAAAAUAUGAUGGGGAAAGCAAAAAGGCAUAGUGUAAUAUCAAAGCACCAUGACAUUAAUAAUCAGAAUCUAACAUUAUUGUGUAUGUAUUACAUAUUGAAAAUCUGUCUUCACUGGCCACGUUAAUUGAAACGUUCAAUAAAAUCCAGAUUUGAAU